AUGCCUGAAGAUCAAGCCAAGAAUGAAGGUGACCUCUCUAGGGCGUUCAAUGAGGGCAAUAUACUCUGUCCUACUACUCUUGAUCAACUCUCGGAGCAUCUUCGCAAGGAUGUGGAGGCAAAGAACACUACUAAUGUAGCAACAGCAUUAGGAGCAUGCUCAUUCAAGACUCGUUCAAGUAACGUGGCUGAACAAGACAAGCAAGUCAACAUCCAAGUCUUCACCUUCGAUGGAACAUUAAAGGUAAAUCCACUUCCAAGUGAGCCUCCAUCCGGUCUAUUUACUCCAGAAGAACAACUUAAGUGGAUGGAUGAAAAAUAA